AUGGUAGAAUUAUCUCUGAGGAAAGCGAGGACCAAUUGGAAACAACUCUCAUCUCCUACAAAGGCAAAAAAUCGCCAUUCUAAUGACGGGCAUUCACAAUUUAAGGCUAAUCCGUACAAGGAUCUUAAGCAGAGCGCAAACUACUCUGAGCUUCCCACAAUUGGGUCAAAGGAGCGUAACAAGGUUGGGACUUCAAUGCAGAGGCGGUUGUCAUUCCAUGCACCAAAACAAGCGCCUUUAGAUUACACCUCCGUUCCACUACCCCAAAAUUUGGACAUAGACCACCAAUCCAAACAAUACCUAGUGGUGCCUAAUAAUUCAAGACAGAGAUCAAACUCUAGUAUUGGUAUGCCUAGAACAACUAAUAAAACCAAGCCAAUUGAAACACAAACAGAUGAGGUUCCGCUGCGUCAAGCGUUGAGCGAUCCAAAAUUCCAGGCCAAGGACUAUGUCACAUCUACCUUAGGAAAUGCAAGCGCUCUUCAAAUCGACAAUUUUACAUCUGAACUAAAUGACCUUGUACUUGAAGUGACCGAUGAAGUUAAAGAGAAUAUCACCAAGUCUUAUUCUCAAGUCUUGCGGGUCAAUAGGGACCUGAGUAGCGCUUCUACGGAAUUGAAACACCUCAGGAGUAGUGUGAAGGAAUUGCAACUAGUGAUGGGAGAAUUUGAGGGAAUGGCUGAUAAGCGGUUACAAUUAGAACGUCAACCUUCUCUGAGAACCCAACGUUCUGAACAACCUGCUUCCCUUUUACCUCCAGUCAAAGCAAACAAGAGACGAGAUAGAACAAGUGUUUAUAUGCUUGAGAGAAUGUGGAAAAGUGAAUUAUCAACCUUGUUCAAAGCAGUGGAAGGUGCACAAAAAUUCAUUUCUCCUGUACCUGGUAGGCAUAUACUUCUGGAGACGAGCGAUUGGUACGAAGUGAAUGCCGCCACUCUAAAGCCUCUUAAAGCGGUUCACGUAUUUUUGCUGAAUGACUUAAUAAUGGUGGCCACAAAAAAUCGAGAUAAUCGACAACAUGAUUUGAUUGCUUGCCACUGCCACUUGCUAAGGGAGACUGUUGUGGAUCCACAGGUGGAGAACAGAAUUCUGUUUACGUUUGGCAAUAGGGGCCAGUUUUUAAUUCAAACCAACAAGACCCGAGAGUAUGAUCGAUUCGUAGCUACUGUUAGAGGUGCAAAGGACGAUUUGAAUGUCAUUUCACAGGCCGAGGAGGAAAAUACUCGUAAAAUAAGGGACUCUUUUACUUAUAUGCAUGCAACACAGCAGACUCCAUCACGAGAUCUCACUCUGAGUCCAGCAAAGGGCCAUGUCCGCAAUUCGAGCUUAGGGAACGCUCAAUCAGGUCACAUUAAUGUCUCUGAUGAGCCGUUUCUGCUUCAGACUCUGAGUUCAUCGAUGACAUAUCCAUCGCAGGCGGGAGGUGGACGAAACAACUCAAAUGCAAUUUCACAAUUAGAGGAUCAACUGGAGAACUUUGAUAUGGUUUUCGCUAGACAUAAUUACCAAGAGGCUAUUAUUCUGUUAGUACAGCUGGAAAAAUCUAUGGAAACCCUAGAAGACGAAAUAAGUCAGGAGAAUCAAGCAUUUACAAACCUCGUUCGGUUGAAGAUUACUCACCGCAAGCAAUUGAUCUCAGGGCAAUUGACACAAUUAAUUUCGUCAGAGUUUACAGACUCUUCUACUUUGACAAAAUACGUCGAGAAUCUCGUGUCCCUAGAUUAUGACCAUGACGCUUUGGAGCUCUUUUUACAAAACAGGUCAAAAUAUAUUCAUGAUCUCAUCUUAAAGGUGGGUUCAUUCCAGAAUCCUGCUUUCUACUUAACUCAAAUUGCUGUCAUACGUUUUCAAACACUUAAAAGAGUAGUUAUAAGCGUGAACGAAUUAUUCAAACGUGCAAAGGACAGCUUUUCUUCAACAAUAGUGAGCUGGUGCAGCAGCGAAGUUGAUAAGCACUUUGACCUGAUCAGCAAGCAAUUUCAAAAUGCAGAGAUGGUCCCUCCUUCUUCCAUCAAGUCGUCACGGCGGCAGAUCGACGAACUAAAGUCGGUUGGGCUAGAUUUUGUGUAUAAACUAGACGACUUCAUUCGUGAAAACAGCGAAAGAAUUGGCUAG